UAAAAUUGUCACAACUGGUCAACCCAUCAGAGCACGUCCUCGUCGACUACCACCCGAUAGGUUAGCAGCAGCCAAAGCUGAAUUCGAACACAUGAUGCAAUUGGGCAUCAUUCGGCCAUCCAACAGUCCCUGGUCCUCACCAUUACACAUGGUACCAAAGGCUGAUCAUGACUGGCGACCGUGCGGUGAUUACCGACGUUUAAAUAACGCCACUGUCCCAGACCGUUAUCCCAUCCCCCACCUGCAUGAUUUCUCUCUAACACUGCAGAGUAAGACUAUUUUCUCCAAAGUGAUUUAGUCAGAGCUUGCCACCAGAUACCAGUUGCUCCUGAGGACAUUGCGAAGACAGCCAUUAUAACACCUUUUGGCUUGUUUGAAUUCUUACGAAUGCCAUUCGG